AUGGUAGAUGAUUUUGAGUAUUCAUUUCUGGUCUUAACAGUGGCUAUCAACAAACUGUCCAGAGUUCCUGGGGUUGUGAUCACGCAAUGUGUUGAGCAACUGCCUGCAGGAAAGUCAACACCUGACUUCACCCGGAAGCCGAUGCCUAUGACUGUUCAAGAGGGCAAAAAAGUGCUUUUCAAAGCUAUGGUUAGUGGAAAGCCGGCACCAACUGUCACCUGGGUGCGUAACAGGGGCAAAGUUAAUGACCCAGAAAAGUACAAGACUAGAUAUGAUGAAAGAUCUCGAGAGCACAUUUUAGAGAUACUCAAUGUAAAACCAGACCAAGCUGACACCUACAAGUGCUUUGCCACCAAUGAGUAUGGAAAGGCUAUCUGCAGUGCAACGCUCAAUGUUACUGAAGUUGGCUACAAGAAGAAAGGCCAGGCAGGACACAAGCCACAGGAUUUCAGAUCAAUGCUUAGGAAAACUAUUGUUGUCAGAAAGAAACAAAUGCCACCAAAGAAAGAGGGAGAAAUUGAUCCUAAGCUCUGGGAACUGCUUCUCAGUGCACCAAAGAAACACUAUGAAAAAAUCUGUUUGGAGUUUGGUGUUACUGACUUUCGCUGGAUGCUGAAGAGACUCAACCAGAUGAGAAAGGAAAGGGAAGAUGAGCAGGCAAAGGUUAUAGAGAAGCUGGACAAUGUGAAACAAAUAGAAGUGAAACCAAAUGGGAGAGCUGAAUUUAGCCUCAACAUGACACUACGAGAUCCCAACAGUACAAUUCACGUAUACAAGGAUGGGAUAAUGGUGCCAUAUGGUGAUGAUGAAAAUUCAAAGAUUAGCCUUAAGAAAAUUGGGUCAAAGUAUGUUUUCAGCAUUAAAGACCCUAAGCCAGAUGAUGCUGGACUUUACCAGGUUGAUGUUGAUGAGGCAAAUGUUCUUACAACUGACUUUCAAGUGCCUGCUGUGGAGUUCAAAGCCAAGAUCAAGGAUGUGAAGGCUGUUGAAAGUGAAGACCCCAUCUUUCAGUGUGUCUUGUCAACACCACUCAACAGAAUUACUUGGUCAAAACAAGACUCGUCACUUGAACAUGGGGACAAAUAUGAGAUCACUGUCUCAGAGGACAAACUUAUCCACACAUUAAGAGUUAAGGACUGUAAAAUGGCAGAUAAUGGAGCAUAUUAUGCCAUUGCUGGGAUAACUUCCAGCAGUGCCUCUCUUACAGUGGAAGCUGAUCCAGAUGGCCAUAAAGGCCGUAAGGGCACCAAAACUGGGGAUCAGGAUGAUUUGUCUAAACUAGCAUUGGAACAGCAGGCCAAGCUACAAAAAGAGAAAGAGGACCUGGAGACAGCCAGACGAGAACAGGCUGAAAAGGACGCAGCAGAUGCAGCAGCUAGAGCUUCUCUGGGGGAUGGAAGAGAUGGUUUUGGUGACAGGUCUGGUGCUAGAUCUGGUGACGGGUCUGGGUCUGGUGAUGGAUCUGGCGGAAAGACAGAUGGGGAUGAAGGCGAUGGAGACGGCAAGAAUAAGAAUGUCCUGGGAGAUGGAAAUGAUGAAAAUAAAAAGGGUGAUGCGGAUGAUGAAAAAAAGAGGCGAUUACAAACUGGCCCUUUGGUUCCUGACACUGUUGUAGAUCGAGGUGUUCAGUUUGUAGUUGGGCUAUCAGACACUAAUGCUAAUAUUGGUGAGCGGGCAGAGCUGUCUUGCAAACUAAGCAGUGACACCUCAGAGGGACGCUGGUAUAAAAACAGGAAGCUGCUAACCAAGGAGGAUGGGGUAACAAGUAUCAAAGAUGGAGCCUGUCACAGGUUGAUAAUUGAUUGCUGUAAAAAAGAUGAUGCAGCUGUGUACCGCUUUGAAGCUGAAGGACGUAAAUCAGAAGCAACACUUAAUAUUGAAGACCCACCAAAAAUUGACAGUGUUGCUCUAGGAAAAUUCACAAAGCCAGUCAUUAUAAAGGCAGGGGAGAAUGUCAAAUGGAAGGUGCCAUUCUCAGGUGGGGCUCCAAUGAAUAUACAGUGGUACAAGGAUGAUGACGAGCUUUUACCUGCCCUCAAUGUGAAGAUUGAAACAUCAGCUACUGAGAGCCAACUGUACCUUACUAAGUGCCAAAGGAAAGAUAGUGGAGAGGUCCAAAUCAAAAUAAAAAAUGAAUUCGGUACAACAGAGGCAAUUUCCAAACUUAUUGUACUAGACAAACCCACAACACCACAGGGACCUGUGGACAUUAUGGAAAGCACCGUGACAUCUAUUGUGUUCAAAUGGAAACUGCCAAAAGACAGUGGUGGGUGCCCAGUCACAAACUAUAUCAUACAACGCCAACAAGUGGGUCGCAAUAAAUGGUCAGAUCUCGGUGAGAUCUCUGGAAGCAACCCAAGUUACAAAGAUUCAGAUGUUGACCCUGGAAGGAGAUACUGCUACCGGAUCAGAGCCAAGAAUGCAGAAGGCAUCAGUGAUUACCUGCAGACAGAGAACAUACCUGCUGGUGUACUACGUUAUCCAGGAACCCCAACAGCACCUAAACUGGUCAGUGCCUUUAAAGACUGCAUCAACCUGUCAUGGAGUCCUCCAUGUGACACUGGAGGAACCAAAAUAGUGGGAUACAAUUUGGAAAAGAACAAGAAAGGCACUAAGUACUGGAGUCUUGUAAACCAAGGAGGGCCAAUUACAGAUACAAAGUAUGCAGUGAAAGAUGUCUUUGAAGGGGCAGCAUAUGAAUUUAGAGUCUCUGCUAUCAACCUGUCUGGUGCUGGAGAUCCUAGUAUUCCAUGUGACACAGUAAUUGCAAGAGAUCCAAUGAAACCCCCAGGCAAGGUCACAGACCUGAAAUUAACAUCCUCCAACUACACCACAUUUUCGCUGGUUUGGACUAAACCUAAAGAAGUGAAAGGGUUAGAGGAUGAAGCCCAGGGUUACUACGUGGAAAUCAAAUCAAUAGAGAGCCUUGAAUGGACCCGCUGUAAUGCCAACCCAAUUACUCUAACUUCCUACACCGUUCUUGGCUUGAAGGCAAUGGCCACAUACUGGGUGAGAGUAAUUGCCACCAAUUAUGGAGGUGAUGGAGAACCUCAGGGCUUUGAUAAAUACAUCAUUGCCAUUCCGCCUCCUGUAAGGCCAAAAUUCAAAGACAGAAACAUGAAGACCUUUGUGGUGGUGAGAUCUGGAAACAUGGUUCGUCUGAACAUCAACUUUGAGGCCUCCCCACUGCCAGAAAUCUCUUGGUUAAAAGAUGGUAUUCCAGUGCCUAAACAUGUAACAAUUACCAACUUUGAUAAAGGCUCUCUAAUGUUAAUCCCCACAUCUGAGCGGUCUGACACCGGCAUCUACACCAUUACUAUCAAGAACCUGGUCGGCCAGGAGAGCUUCAAUGUUGAAAUCAGAGUUACAGAUGAUCCCAAGCCUCCAGGACCAGUGGAGCUGGAUCAGAACACCCCAGGAACAGUGACUCUGUCCUGGUCUGCCUCUCCAGAUGAGAAGAGGGAUGACAGGCUACACUACAUGGUAUCCAAACGGGACUCCUCCAAACACAUUUGGAGGACAGUGGCUGACAACCUCUUCAACAACAAGUUCACAGUUAUCAACAUUUUGCCUGGACGGGAGUAUUUCUUCAGGGUUUUUGCUAAAAAUGAUAUCGGCCUUUCACCACCUUCUGAAUCCCCUGUGUUUGGAAUCAAAAAGGAAAAAGAAAAGUUCAAAGUGAACAUGCCAAAGAGAAAAUGCUUGGACUUCCAGUCAACUCCAUCAUUUAUCGUUCCCCUGAGGAGGCGAACGGCUCCAAGGGGUUACGAGUGCUGCAUGAGUUGUGCAGUUAAGGGUGAUCCAUCUCCGCAUGUGACAUGGUACCGCAACAACACCAGCCUGAACACAAACCCCAACUACCACAUCAUCAAUGUAUGUGGGGUCUGCUCGUUGCUCAUACUAAGGGUGGGAGCCAAAGACAGCGGGGAAUACAAAGUCGUUAUUGACAACAAACUGGGGACUGCCGAGUGCUCAAUGAUGCUGAAUGUCAGAGUGUGA